AUGAGGUUCCAGGUGACGGGUCCCUACUACCAUCACGAGAGCUGUUGCCAUGACAAGGCGGUGCUGCUCUACGAGUAUGUGGGGAAGCGGAUCGUGGACUUGCAGCACACGGAAGUACCAGAUGCCUAUCGAGGGAGAGGAAUAGCCAAGCACCUCGCGAAGGCAGCCCUGGACUUCGUGGUGGAGGAGGACCUGAAAGCUCACCUGACGUGCUGGUACAUUCAGAAGUACGUCAAGGAGAACCCGCUGCCGCAGUACCUGGAACACUUGCAGCCUUAAGGCAGGACUGCUCUGACACCAGCGCGCCUGUCCCUGUCUGUUCAUCGCGGCCUUCGCUUCUCUGCGGUCUCAGGAAACCCCCCUCCUACACUCACAAUUCCCACUUUUUUUAAAGCGCAUCCAUGUGGUGUGUGAGUGUGGGCACAACCUCCUCCUCUCUGCCCAUGUGUGAGCGUGGCUAUGGCCCUUGAGCUGGGCUGGCUCCGGGCACGUGGGGUGCCCCCCACCAGUGCUCUUCCCAAGCCAGGGGUUGGAAGAGGAUGAUUUUUCCACCAAACUCCAUCACAAGACCAGGGGAUGACUCAUUCUGCACUGCAUCCUCUCCCCUCUGCUUGGCGACGGCUGUGAACUUGCUGGGGGAUGUUGGUUAGGGGUGGUCGUGGGGUACCAGCCCCCCUUUCCUCUCAGCAGCUGGGGGACAUGCUGCAGAUUAAGUCUUGUGGGACUGAGGGAAAUGCUGGAGGAGCCCCAGCUCUGUGGCAGGUUCAUCUCCUGCAGCAUCUGUUGGGCACUGAGCUGUGUCCAAGCCCAUGCAGGGCUCAGAUGAGAACGUGUGGGCCAUGGUGGCACCUUGGGGGCUUUGCUGCACUGGCUGUGGAGACACUGGGACAGUGACACCUUCGGGCCUAGAGGCAGGAGCCUUGUGAGGAAUGGGCUGUGGCCAAGCGUGUGCAGCGUGAGUAGGCAGGAGAAAAAAGGUGGCCAAGUUGCAGAGGCUGCUCCCUGGAGAAUCCAGCUCCUGCCCAGCCUCUGUACGUGGCCUCAGCGUGGCAUUCCUGUCUCUGCUCCCUACUAUUGGUGUUGACUAUGCUGGGGUGGACACAGCCUGCCCAGGAGGAGAGCACCAGCCCCCACAGCCAGCCCUGGCCUAAGCAAUGAGGCGAUGUCCCCUGCUUUUGCAGGCACCAAGGUGGUUUCCUGCAGCUGAAGAGGAAGGCUCCCCACCAUCUCCCUUCACUCCAGCUCUGUGCCCCAGAUUGUGAGGCCUGAGUUAUCGUCGCAUCCUGAGAACAGCGGAGGCGAGGCCUCCAGGACCUGGUCCUGGCCUGUCUCUGGGGCUCAAUGCUAGAGCCUUUGCAUGGAUGCCGAUUGCUUCUCCUGACAGCCUUUGGAAAGAAGCCCUGGAUCAGAGCAUUACCCAUCUACUCACUGGCCUCCUCGCAGCUCCCAGCCCAGGGUGCUGGCAGCAUUGUGGGGUCCUCAGCCAGCAGCAGGAACACCCUCGUGUCGUGCUGUUACCUCCAUGGAUGAUGACCCUGUAACCCAGCUCAGUGUUGCCACAGCUGGAUGUAGAGGUAACACUGUGAUGGCAGGGCACUGCCUGAUUCCAGUUUGCUGCCUGUCCUGCCUUGCCCAGGCUUUCCCAGUCCUGAGCUUAGACCCCAGAGCAUCUUCCUCCGUGCUUUUGGGAUUUUGCAGUGUCCCAGACUUGGGCUGUGGUGGGGGAGCCAGUGAUGCCAGCACACCAGCUCUGAGCAGCUGCUGGGGGCUGUAGCCAGGCAGAACAAGAUAAAGAGUCUUUCACCUGGAGGCCAAAUCCAGACCUAUCUUAUCUCUCAGCAGGGACUAAAGUUUACAAUCUGCCACAGACCGAAUUAAGCCCUGGUCAAGAGGCAGCUCAGCCCUCUCCCAGAGCCCCGUGCAAAGUCCGUGGAGGCAAAGACAAAACUUCCUACAACCUUCUCUCCUGGUUGAGUUGGUCAGAGAUGGAGACCCCUGUAUCUGAGCUCAGCCAGGGAGGCCCUGAGCUGUUCCUCCUGGACACCAGCUUGAGGUGAAGCCCUGCAGCCUGCCUGUCCUUUUGGGCUGCCCACCACUGACAUAAUGCAGCCUUCUGCCCACAGGCUUGAGUAAAAUCACCGCAGGCUGACACACCCCUGCCUGUGUCCUCCAUCUUGUGCUGCUCAGGAAAGGCAUCGGGCUCAGCCCUGCCGCUGCCUCACAUUUCUGCCCUCUUGCUGCUUAUUUCAGCCUGGCUGCAACUUUCAGGAUGGCUUAGAGGGACUGGGAAAGGGUCACAGGUAACGAACUAAAGAAAAGGGGCUCAAGGAGAAAUCUGGGCUGCUAAAUGUUCACUCUUCAACUGCAAAACACACUUUGACAUCUAGUUACAGGAGCAAGGCUGGCUCUGUUACUGCCAAGUGAUGACAGAACCAUCCCUCCUCUUGAUCCCAAGAUGAAGCUGAACUGUCUCCUCUUGCAAGCCAAGACACCAUCAUAUCUUUGUCACAGCAGAUGUGGGUGCUUGGAAGAGAUGUGUGCCUAGUUGCCUCCUGGGAGCAAUAGCGUGAGCCCAGCUCUGCAAGCCUCUGCCCUGGUUCUGUGCUCAUUUCCACUGUGUGACAGUUCCCAGAAGUACCUCGUCGUGCAUGAGAGCAGCUUGCUGGAGGGUGUGCUCCAGCAGUGUCCAAGCCUGGCUCUGGAGCCCUUUGUGCUGCUCUGGCAGGAACCUCAUGCUUCCCGGCACUGGAUCACAAGUGGCAAUUGCUGCCUUAAAUCAGGCACAGCACACAGUUUUGCUGCUGCUUCCCUUCGAGGUGCUACAAUCCCUCUGGUAUCUGAUCUAAUGGAGACAUGUGCCAGUGUCUGUGCCAACCGUUUCACUGCUGUACCCAUCCUCUGCCCCGGCCUUCCCCUUCCCUGUGGUCUUUGAUGUCAGCCAAUAGCAAUACCCACAGGUCACCAGUGAUGCCACGGUCCACGGUGCUCCUGUGAUCUGGCACUGCCAGGCAGGAGAUGGCUUGGGGUCCCUCGGUGUUAGGCAGCCCUUCCUCCUGCCUCUCCACCAGCUGCCCUUUCCCACCUGGUCUCUGCAAGAAGGAGCUUUGAGUCUGGUGCUGCCCCUUGGUGCUGACUAAGCCUGGAGGAGUUGGGGAUCCUGGACUCUCUCUGGCAACAGGACUCUGGAAGUGGUUUGGUUGAAUACUGAGGUUCCCAAACCCAUCUGAACUACAGACCUUGGUGGGUAGGGAAAUGCAAAUUGCUGUCAAACCUGCUUCCACAUCACCGAACUUGAAACACCCCCUCCCUCAUCCACUUUCCAGCGUUGUCUUCCUCUGUUCAAGGUUUCCAUUCUGUUGAAUUUGGUGGUUACGAUGUGCCUUUCCUUCUCAGGACCUGUUACAAAUGACCUUUCUGCUUUUGUUUAUGUCUAACAUUUAUCUUUAUCCCUCCCUCUGUCAUACUAUAAAACAUGAACAUAAUGCAUGGAAUACAAUACAAUAAAAAGUGUGGCAUAACUGCCCUGCA